AUGUUUGAAGAGUUCAAGAAAGACAUGUCAAAUGAAUUUGAGAGAACAAAUAUGGGGCUCAUGGCAUAUUAUCUCGACAUCAAAGUAAAGCAAGAAGACAAAGGAAUUUUUAUCAUCCAAGAAGGCUAUGCCAAAGAAGUCCUUAAGAAGUUUAAGAUGGAUGAUUCCAAUCCAGUUGGCACCCCAAUGGAAUGUGGCAGCAAGUUGAGUAAGCAUGAAAAUGGAGAGAUUAUGGAUCCAACUCUUUACAAAAGUUUGGUUGGAUGUCUGCGUUACUUGACAAGUACAAGGCCGAAUACUCUCUAUGUUGCAGGAGUCGUAAGUCGCUACAUGGAAGCUCCAACAACAACUCACUUCAAGGCAGAAAAAAUAACCCUUCGAUACAUCAAAGGUACAACAAACUUUGACUUGCACUAUUACUCUUCUAACAAUUAUGAGAUUAUUGGCUAUAGUGAUAGCGAUUAG